AGGUUGGUGCUAGCUGCUGGUGCCAGUAGUAAACAUGAGGCCGGUGCUGUGUUUAGUAUUUGUUGUUCUACUCGUACGCGGAGAGGCCGCAGUUCGUGUCCGUAGAGGAUACGGUGCUGGCGGCGGGGGAGGGGGAGGGGGUGGCGGCGGCGGGGGCUUCGGCUACGGCGGUGGCUUCGGCUACGGCGGCGGGGGCGGGGGUGGCGGCGGCGGCGGCGGAGGCCUAGGUUUGGCCUCGGGCUUCGGCGCUGGCCUCGACGUCAUUCGCGAGGGAGUCAAUGGCAUCAUCGGAAAAGUACACUCCGGGCUGAACAGCGUCGGCGGCGGCUUCAGCGCCUCAGGCGGAAUUGGAGGAGGCAGCGGAGGCGGCCUCGGUGGCGGCAGCGGGGGCGGCAGCGGGGGCGGCAGCGGGGGCGGCAGCGGGGGCGGCUAUGGCGGCGGCGCCGGCCUCGGCGGGGGCGGCGGCCUCGGCGGGGGCGGCGGCCUUGGGGGCGGCAACGAAAAAACGAUCUACACCAAAUCGGAAGACGGAAAAUCUGGCGGUUUCGCGUUCACCGGAACGACGAACAACGGUGGUUACGGGGGCGGCGGCGGCUACAGCAGCGGCGGCGGCGGGGCCGGCUACGGCGGGGGCGCCGGCUUCGGAGGCGGCGCGGGUGGGGGCCACUCCGGAGGAAAGUCGGGAGGCCUGAGCGGAGGCACCGGUGGCUCAGGGGGCUACGGAGGUGGAAUAUCCGGCGGAAAAGGUAGCGGUGGCGGUUACGGCGGCGGCGCCGGGGGCGGGAUCGGCGGUGGUAUCGGCGGAGGCCUCGGCGGUAGCUCGAGCGAGAGCCUGAGCAGUGGAGGAGGUGGCUCUGGGGGCUACGGAGGUGGCAGUUCUGGCGGAAAAGGCGGCGGAAGUGGAGGAGGCUACGGAGGCGGCGCUGGUUUCGGAGGUGGACUUGGAGGCGGCCUCGGUGGAAGCUCGAGUUCAAAUGGCGGUGGAAGCAGCUCUGGCAGCUACGGAGGCAGUGGACUCGGCGGUGGCAGUGGCCUCGGCGGUGGAGGUGGACUCGGCGGCGGCUCCGGGGGUGGAUACGGAAAAGGUGGCAGCGGAGGGUUCAGUGGAGGCUCGAGUGGCAGCCUAACCGUUGGUCAUAGCGGAUCGGGCAAAUUUGACAGCGAAAAUAUCGGCAGCGGUGGUGCUGGCCUCGGAGGUGGCUUCGGCGGAGGCUCCGGAGGCGGAUAUGGUAAAGGCGGUGGGGGCGGUGGUUACGGCGGCUCGAGCGGCAGCGGCGGCUUCGGUCUUAGCUUUGGCGGCAGCCUCGGAGGUGGCAGUGGAGGUGGACUCGGUGGUGCCAGCGGUGGUGGCCUCGGAGGUGGCCUCGGAGGUGGCAGCGGAGGUGGUCUAGGCGGGGGCUCGAGUGGCUCUGGAGGCUAUGGCGCUGGCGGUUCAGGAGGACACGGUGGUGGCUUAGGAGGGGGCGCUGGCGGUUCCGGGGGCUACGGAGGUGGACUCGGAGGGGGUGCUGGCGGUGCUGGAGGAUACGGAGGUGGCGCUGGCGGUUCCGGAGGAUAUGGAGGUGGCGCUGGCGGCUCCGGAAGCCACGGAGGUGGACUAGGAGGUGGCGCUGGCGGUUCCGGAGGAUACGGAGGUAGCUCAGGUGGUAACGGAGCUUCCGGUUCCGGUUGCGGAUCCGGUUCCUGUGGGUGCAGCACGUGCGGUGGGGGUAGUGGGGGCGCAUACGCGUCAGCCAGCGCGAAAGCCUCCGCCUCCGCUAGUGCCAGUAGCUAUGGAAAGUAAUACUAGAAUUUUGAAACCACAAAGUAAGAUUACAUUCGAAUGAAUAGAUAAAUAUGACUGUUGUAAAGGAUUUUGAAUGAAACUUAUUAAUAUUAUAUUUAUUUGCCGAUUGUAUAUUUCGAAUGUUGAAAAGACGUUGUAGACAAAAGUGCAAAAACCCAUGAGACAAUAUUUUGUGUUUCUAUGGAUCGAGUUUACCACUUUUUUACUUUAUUUCUUGGUAAUAAAGUUUAAAAAGUGAUAAUUAUGAUUGUGUACAUUGCAAUAGUGCAUUGUACACUAAAAAGCUAAUUACAACAAAUUGAGUAUUCAUGAUCAAACCGAGAUUAAUUUUAUUAUUUAGUAAAUAAGUAAAACUAUUAGCUGUGAUUGUCUAGUUAAUAAAUUAUUUUGCAAUAAAAA